CCGCACAGACGCGUCCUCCUUCCGAUCCUCCGCUGAGCAGACAUGUCCAAACCCAGAGUGUUCUUCGACGUCACGUCCGGCGGGGCGCCGCUGGGCCGCAUCGUGAUGGAGCUCCGUGACGACGUGGUGCCAAAGACCGCUGAAAACUUCCGGGCCCUGUGCACCAACGAGAAGGGCUUCGGCUACAAGAACUCCUGCUUCCACCGCAUCAUCCCCGGGUUCAUGUGCCAGGGUGGCGACUUCACCAACCACAACGGAACCGGUGGAAAGUCCAUCUACGGCAACAAGUUUGCAGAUGAGAACUUCUCCCUGACUCACACCUGCCCCGGCAUCCUGUCCAUGGCCAACGCCGGACCCAACACCAACGGGUCCCAGUUCUUCAUCUGCACAGAGAAAACCGCAUGGCUGGACGGGAAACACGUGGUGUUCGGCAGCGUGGUGGAGGGGAUGGACAUCGUGAGGAAGAUGGAGGCCGUCGGCAGCCAGAGCGGCAAACCUUCCACCAAGGUCGUCAUCGCAGACUGUGGUCAGCUCUGAGCUCCUGCACUUAAACCCUCUGCUCGCCCUGUAGCCACGCCCCCACAGGCCCCGCCCUCCUCCUCCUCUGCCAUUCAACAUUCCUUAUAGAUGGAGAUCCAAACGACCCCCCCCCCCACACACACACACACCUUUUUUUUAAUUCUGUUCAUGUUGAAAUCAUGUUGCUGCAUUUGUGACUUUUCCUUUAAGAAGUUUCUUUUGCAUUGACGUUUUUCACAAUGUCCCAACGGUUUUAUUUGUGAAGUCAAAAAAAAGAAUACGAGAAUAAAACAGAAAAGUUGCCUUGACAA